UGCUGGUGUGUGUGUGCACUCUCUAUCUCAUCCACUCACAACAAGGACUAAGAGACCUGACUUCUUCUUCUCCCUGAGACUUUUAUCAAACUUCUUAAACUCUCCGGACACUUUCUGUAUUUUUCUGAUCGGGUUGUGUUCGCCGUCUCUCCAUGAUGGGUUCGUUUAUCGCCAAGAUGCUGCUCCCGACCGUCAGCAGCCUGGUGUUCCUGCCUACAGCCAGCGUGGCCGCCAAGAGGGGCUUCCACAUGGAGGCCAUGGUCUACUUCUUCACCAUGUUCUUCACUGCGAUCUAUCACGCCUGUGACGGUCCCGGUCUCUCCAUCCUGUGUUUCAUGAAGUAUGACAUCUUGGAGUACUUCAGUGUUUACGGCACGGCUCUGUCCAUGUGGGUCACCCUCAUAGCUCUGGGAGACUUUGAUGAACCUCAGCGCUCCAGCAUCACCAUGUUUGGAGUUUUGUCGAUCGCUCUGAGGAUCUACCAGGACCGCUGGGGCUACGGGAUCUUCUCUGGACCGAUCGGAUCCGCUGUCUUCAUCAUCACUGUGAAAUGGCUGCAGAAGAUGAAGCAGCUGAGGGCGGUGUACCCGGAGAAGAAGGUGUACACUCAGCAGGUCGGUCCAGGCUGCUGCUUCGGGGCUCUCGCUCUGAUGCUGCGCUUCUACUUUGAGGAGUGGGACUACGCGUACGUCCACAGCUUCUACCAUCUGUCUCUGGCCGUGUCCUUCAUCCUGCUGCUGCCAAAGAAGAACCGCUACGCAGGAACGGGACAGAACGCCGCCAAGCUCAGCUGCUUCGCUCUCUGCUGCUGUUCCAUCUCCCCCGGUACGUCUAAAGACAAGACGGACAAGUCCAAGAAGAAGAAGUCGUCUCGCUCCGUGUGGACAAUCCCCACGGAGAAGCUGCUGACCCGAGGCUGCAGCACCCCCACCCUGCCCCUCUUCAACCCCCCACCCUCCACCCCUAUCAAAGGGACCAGCAUCAGCAAGCUGAAAGAGAUGAACGGCUGGAAGUGAACCCCGACGCAUUACUGUCAGCCGCUCCGAUGUAGGAGGACUUCCUCCUGGAGAACAGACGGAGGGGAAAUGGGAAAAUGACCAAAUAACUGUCAGCCAAUAAACUGAUAAACUUGUUAUGUGGCUGGUAAGUUAAUCUACUCCAGCAGGAAACCAACCAUCAUGUGGACGUUCCUUUCUACUCCAAGAAUCCUUUUUGGCCCGGAGAAUAUUUAAGAUCAGCCGCGACCCGUCCAACGACAGCCGGGUGAAUAAACAGAACGCCGGGAUGUGGUUCGGAGGUUUAAGGACACGAAGGAGAGGUGAACCAGGACUCGGGUGCCCUCAAAGACCCGGCGAGGACAGGCAGCACAGCACCAAAGAACACACACAGCACGGACGGGGAGACGGCGGAUGAGACGAGCUAGUAAAACUGACCGGAGGAUUUAUGAGGAGAACAAACAGGCAGAUGGUUUAUCUCUCCAGAAUAUAUAAAUUGUCUUUAGAAAUGUUUCUCAGGGGAGACCUUUCGUCUGCUCGCCUCCGUCUCCGCUCCGUCCCCCCCUCCGCCUCUCUUCCCCGUCUCUCUCAGGGAGAGGAACCACGCGGCAAAAUCUGUUUAUGAGAACUACAAGGCUGUAUGCGUUUUACGGCUUUAUGCGUCCUCGGGGCGCCAAAUGUGUCGUGUGGAACAUCAAACUUUGGAGCGACGGCCCAGAUGUCCGUCUGUAAUCCGCCCGAAGCAUCGUGAUGAGUGUCUGGAUCAGCAGGUGGACUCCUCCGUCUGUAAAGUCUGGGUCUCUGGUGGAGCAGGUCUGGCUUUGAGUGCGUCCCUGAUGUGCACUCUGCAGACUCUUUAGUGUUCCUGUUGAAAGCUUUUAUAAAUAUGUUGUUAUUUAUUGCAGAAUGGAAAAUGUACAGUCCGUCUUUAAUCUGUGUUUUUAUUAAUUUUGUA